CCCAAGCGUUUUCCCAGGCUUUCAAAGGAAAUCAUUCUGAGAUAUGAUGCUAUUAUGCAUCUUUUUUUAUUUUAUAAUAAUUGCUCAAGGAAAGAACAGGGGUCAUAGACAACAUCUUAUUUAUUUCAGGGAGCGGAAAUGAAAAACGUUGUUCCACUUCCCCUUUAGUCUAUAGGAAAUCAGCUUUCACCCGCCACAACGUCCGGUUGAAAUUCAAAUUCAAACAUCUGGCGGCUUUCAUGACAAACGAUAUCUGAUAGAAGUGUAGACAGCACCAGCUACGCAAGUAUUGUACCAAGUGGGAAGCCCUAAGUAGUUCACAAGACCUCCUAGGAAGUGAGCUGGAAGGAAAGAAAGGAGGAGCCAGGUUGCAAGAAAACAGAUGAAAAAAGAAGCAACAAUGUCAGAAGAGGGGGCAACAAUGUUGGAUGAAGGGUCAACGGCGUCGGAAGAAGGGGAAGGGGCAACGGCUUUGGAAGAAGGGGCAACGGCUUUGGAAGAAGGGGCAACGGCUUUGGAAGAAGGGGCAACGGCUUUGGAAGAAGGGGCAACGGCUUUGGAAGAAGGGGCAACGGCUUUGGAAGAAGGGGCAACGGCUUUGGAAGAAGGGGCAACGGCUUUGGAAGAAGGGGCAACGGCUUUGGAAGAAGGGGCAACGGCUUCGGAAGAAGGGGCAAUGGCGUCGGAAGAAGGGGCAAUGGAUGCCACCAUACCACCUAAUAGGGGAAGGGGUAGGCCCAAAGGAUCAGGCUCCAAGAAACCUAAGAUACUGAGGGUACUAGACAAGCAGCCACGGGGCAGGCCACGUAAAGUGGUUGACCCUAAUGCUGUUUCAGCAGAGACAACUGCACCUUUGAAGCGUGGCCGGCCCAAAAAAGUUCAGCAAAAAACAAAAAUGGGUAGGCCGAGGAAGUACCUGCUGUCACCCGAGGAGGAAGAGGAGAGAGAGAUACUGAAAAGCCAACCUAAGGGACCUAGAGUGUGGAAGCCGCUCGGAAGGCCGCGCAUCUAUCCCCGCGUGGAUCCCCCCGCCACACCCACCUCUGCCGAGCCACGGAGAAGAGGCCGUCCACUCAAGGCAUCAACAGGUAGAGGUGGCCACUUACGGAAGAACCCACCUCCAACUUCUAAAGUUUCAACGCCCCCCGCUAAAGAUGAUUCCCCGCGAAAGAGUGGCCGCCCCUUAGGCUCCUUCAAAGCCAAGAGAGCAGCAGAGACUGAUAGGUCCAACAGUUCGCCCUCAGCCAAACAGGGUUGCACUGUUUCUCCAGUAGUAAGGCUUUACCGCUGCUCCGACGGUAAAGCAAAUGUGUUCGAUGAAGCUGCCUUCCAAGCCCAGAGGCAAAAAGGCAGGAGAAAGACUGUGAACGUUGAUUGUACAGCUUAUGAUUCAGAGGAGGAAAAUGAAGAUACACAGAGAAAUGAGGAUGAAGUCUUUUCUCUAGUAGAAGAUGACAAAGAAGAGGAAAUUAAACCACGCGAUGGUCAUGGCAAGGCUAGUAACCCUGGUAAGGUAGCGGCAGCUAUUAAGAAAAAAGAAGUGGUUGUUCCUAAGAGGGGGGGCAGAAAACCUGGCACAAUCAAAAGUGUUGUAAAGUAAAAGGAACCUGGGCGGAGCAGACUGAACGAGUAUCAAUAGCAUCUUGUAAGAUGUUUUUUUAACAUUGUAUUAUCUCUUACCCAACUCUUUCUUGUUUUCUCAACUAACCUAUGUGUCUGCUUGCUCUUGCUGUUAUUUUUUAUGGUUUGAUGCCUUCAUGGAAACCAUGUGGAAAAAACAAGUACUUUUUGUACUUCCUUGGUCAUCCAUAGCUUGAAUGAUGUGAAGACUAUUUCAUUGACCGUUGUUAAUCUUGUAUUGGUCUGUUCAGACUUAUCCCAUUUAGAUUUUUUACUGGUACUGUCAUUGAUACAGUUUCUAAUUCCAUACACAUCCUAUAGUUGAUGAUAUUCUCAUUGAGGUUUGUUAAUCUUGUAUUGGUCUGUGCAGAUUUGUCCAAAUAAGCUCAAAAUGGUUUAAAUCAAUUGAAUUAGGUAAGUAUUUUGUUUUUCGUUUGUGAAACCUCCCCAACGUUCAUUUGAGGGUAAUGUGAAUUUCAGUUUUUUUAGAGAGAGCAAAUAUUUAGAAAGUUUCAUGUAAUAAAGUGAAAUGUCAAACUUUGUUUUUGUUGAUGUUUUUUAAUCUCAAUAAAACCUCAAAUAUGA